AUGCCUGCCGCAGAAAAGUCUAAGGGGCUUCCUUUGGGGUACAAAGACGGGAAACUAAGACCUUUUUUCUCAUCCAAGGUCAAUCCUGGCUUGCAGGCCCAAACAAAAUUCGGACCAGAAGAUCGGUUCUACUUGUUCGUCAUCAUUAGUUGUGCCUUUUUGGUACGCUUUUAUAAACUUCCAGAGCCUCCUAUGGUAGUUUUUGACGAGACCCAUUUCGGAGGCUUUGCAAAAGAAUAUUUCGAAGGCGAAUUCUUUCUCGAUGUCCAUCCACCAUUGGUCAAACUCAUCUAUUACUGGAUCGCAUUGUUGUUCGGGUGGAACGGUAAGUUCGAGUUUGAAAACAUUGGUGAUGUUUUCGACGAUAACGUGCCGUAUGUUGCCAUGAGGUCAUUUUCUGCAGCUUGCGGUGUUAUGACUGUUGGUCUCACGUAUUGCAUCUUGAGAGCAUCAGCAUGUCGUCGCUUGGUAGCAUUAUUUGGCGCAUCUCUAGUCCUUCUCGAGAACUCCAUAGCCACCCAGUCCAGACUCAUAAUGCUCGAUAGCCCUUUGAUUGCCUUCACAGCGCUAACAGUGUUUGCGUUCAAGAAAUUCGAGAUGUCAUCUCCUUUCACUAGGGAAUGGAAGCAGUGGUUGUUCCUCACCGGAAUAGGGUUGGCACUCACUGUAUCAACAAAACUAACUGGUCUUUUUACUUUUGCAUGGGUCGCCGGCUGGUCCAUGUAUCAGCUUUGGUGCUAUGCUGGCGACUUAGACGUCACCUACAAAAUGCUCUUCAGACAUAUUUACCACAGAUUGUUCCGACUCGUGCUUAUUCCAUUCACGAUCUACUGUGGUGUUUUCUCGCUCCAUUUCAUGUCAUUGCCCAAAAACGGCACUGGCUCGGGUAUUCUUCUGCCCCAGUUCAAAGCGGAGUUUGAAGACUCGGACAAGCUUAGAAACACAGCUGUGGAUGUCUCUUAUGGAAGCACAGUGACAAUCAAACAUCACAGAUUGGAACAAUACUUGCAUUCUCACGAAUAUCCCUACAAAACUGGAUCCCACGAACAACAAGUGACCAUGUACGGUUUUCAAGAUGAUUUGAAUAGUGAGUGGAUCAUUGAAAGACACGGCACUAUCAUGGAAGGCCAAUUGGAUUCCAGAUUUCGGCCCAUCAAAGACGGCGACACAGUGAAGCUUUACCAUAAACGCACCAAGAAAUACUUGCGUGCCAACGACGUCCGGCCUCCAAUUUCCGAGCACGAUUACUCCAACGAAGUCAGCUGUGACGGCAACAGAACCACCACUCAGGAUGUCAACUACGAGUGGAAAGUGAGGAUCGUUGGAAGGAAACCUCACUCGGAAAAUGAGCUUCCUUUGCGGAAGUUGCGUGCUACCGAAUCGGUCUUUCAAUUGAUCCACAAAGGAACCCGUUGCAUUUUGAUGGGACAUGACACGAAAUUGCCCGAGUGGGCAUUCCAUCAGAGCCAGGUAUUGUGUGUCAAUGAUCCAACAAUUGCCAACACGUUGUUUUACAUCGAGUAUAACAAUCAUCCUGUUAUUGACAAAGAUACAGAGACAUAUCCUCGUGUGAAACUCCCUCGGAAACUGUUUUUCAGUAAACUAUUGGAAUACCACCAAGCCAUGUGGAGAAUCAACAAAGGUUUCACAACAAAACAUGAAUACUCAUCGCAGCCUAUACAGUGGCCAUUUGUCACCCGAGGAAUAAACUUUUUCACAAACGGGCAUGGUGACAAGCAGUUGUCUGAUGAGACAGGAAGCCACAUUUACUUCUUGGGCAACCUUACUGUCUACUAUGGUGGUAUUUUGGUUGUGCUUCUAUUUGGAAUCCGUUUUGCAUUCUAUGCACUUGUGCAUUUAAACCCCUUCAAGCUUGUGAAUGAACCAGCAUUCGUGACGAAUAAUUAUAUUACUAUGCUAGAGUUUGUCAGUGGUUGGUUCAUCAAUUACUUCCCCUAUUUUCACAUGUCACGCCAGUUGUUUGCCCAUCACUAUUUGGUGAGCGUCUUUUUCCUUGUUUUGGCCAUUGCACAGUUCGUAGAACACCAGAUGCGCAUGCAUCCCAUGGGAGGCUUCGUGCUUUUACUUUCUAUUGAGGCGUGUGCCGCAUUGUGCUUCGGGAAAACCAAGCCAUUGAUAUACGGUCUAAACUGGACUGUCGAAGAAUGUCAGAAAGCAAAGUGGUUCCCGACCUGGGACUUUGAUUGCAUGGCGUACAGCCAAUAA